UGCCCUCCCCCCCUCCCCACCCACCUCACGAGGUGUUGGCCAAUCGCCCUGGCAGGCAUAAAGUGGCUGCCAGCCCGCAAGGCUCCCAGCCAGGAGGUGUCACCCCCAGCAGGCGCCGGCCGGAGCUCGGGCACCCAGCAUGCGGGCACAGCUUAUGUGGAGGACGCUGCCCAGUCUGGUCCUCGGACUCCUGUUCUUGAGCACGCCGGUCAUGGGCAGCUGUCUGGACAAGGACCAAGAGCUGCUCAGGCAGCUCCAGAAGCAGGCGGACAUCAUGCAGCGAACCAGCAUGCUCCUGAACCCCUAUAUCCAAAGCCAAGGCCUAGACAAGGAUGGACUGAAGGAGCACUGCCGGGAGCGCCCAGGGACCUUCCCCAGCAAAGAGGCCCUGCAGCGGCUCAGCAGGCAGGAACUCCUGCGGGCUCUCAACACCAUGCUGGAUCACGUUCUGCACAGACUGAUGGCCUUGCAGCAAGACAUCCCCAAAGCCCAGGACCUGGAGACAGUGAAUAGAGCAAAGCAGAACAUUCGCGGGUUCAAGAACAAUAUCCACUGCAUGGCCCAGCUGCUUCCAGGCUCAUCGGAGAGGACUGAGCCCCCUCCGAUAGGCCCAGGGACAUCUCCAUCGCCCACCCCCACCCCAGACACCUUCCAGCGCAGGCUCGAAGGCUGCAGGUUCCUGCACGGCUAUCACCGCUUCAUGCACUCUGUGGGGCAGGUGUUUCGAGAGUGGGCAGAGAGCCCGAGUCGGAGCCGGAGACACAGCCCCCGCCGUGGCCUGUGGAAGGGGGCCCGCAGAGUGCCACUCUCCAGGGGGAAUAAGAGACUCCUUCCCCGGGGGCAGCUGCCCCGGUAGUCUUAGGGGACACCACCCGGCAGAGAAAGGAUCCGUAUGUACUCCCUAGGAGGGCAUCUCCCCCCAGGGCCUCCAAACCUGCUCCCCUCUGUUCCUCACCUCCCAGAAGUGCACUUUAAGGGGUGGGAGUCAGGCUCCGGGAUGGGAGGGUAGGGUCAGGCUAUUGAGCCCCCAGCCCUGAAUUCGUCAGUCUUGGUGGGGUGGCUGGGUCAGGCCACGCGGGGCCAACUUUCCAUUGAUUCAGGGGUCUGAUGACACAGGCUGACUCAUGGCCAGACUGACUGCCCCCCCGCCGCUCUGCUCCCGGAGGGCUGCUGGCCCUUCCCUCUCAUGACUUACAGAGCCGUUGCCCCCAGACUUCCUCCUUUCCACAGCAGCAUGGUUCCAAGGGGAGGGUUAGGGCCUGAGCUGGCCUUCGAAGGCUCAUUGCCAUUCUCAGGCCAGACACCUGGAUAUCUGGGUGACCUCACUUUAGGCAGCUGUGACAGAUGCAGAGUGUCUUAGAAGGAGCACUGAUCUGGGGGCAGGGGUGUCCAAGAAUAGGGCUCAGUUCCCAGCUCAACCCCUAACUCACUGUGUGGCCUCAGGCAGGCCACUUUACCUCUCUGGACCUCAGUUUUAUUUUUUGUGGUUCAAGCCGUUGGUGUAAAGCCCUCUCCGCUUGAUUCAAUUACAUAGAGCAAAUAUCCAAUGCCUUGCAAAUGGGCAGGGCCUGGAGUUCUCUAUAGACCUACUGCCUGGAAGGGCCUGGUCUUGGGUCCCGGCUGCUGGCUGCGCCCCCUGGUGGUGCAUCAUUAAAAUUUCUCAUGCUGAAACUGGUUCGAGGGAGGCCCAGAAGGUGCUGGCUCAAUUCUUCAAAGGGAUAUGACUAAUUUAUCGAUUUUUAUCAGUUUUUAUCUGUUUCCUAUUUAUAAGGCUUAUUUAUGAUGUGUAUUUAAUGUUAAUAUUGUGUCAACAUAUAUUUAAAAAACUUGCCUUUUUCUAAAGCCCUUGUGUCUCUCU